AUGCGCUCUUCCUUGGACCAGUAUGACGUUCCACGAUCUCAGUACGAUUCCCCCAAAGUGCGGCCACUUUACGACUCCCAAAAGCCCCAACAGCUCUACGACUCACCCAGAUCCCACCAGGAUAGUCACCGUGGUAGUGCGCCUGGAAGCCUUAUAAAGGGUGUGCGGGGUGGAGCUCCAUCGAGCCAUCAGAUAGCCAGUGAUAACCAGCAGGAGUACGACGUGCCAAGGCCCACCAAUGCUACCCAUGAUUCGCACUAUGACAUGCCCCUCACCUCAGAGCCGCUCUCACUGUCUUCUCUCGGAGGAUCCUCCAACAGAUCGAGUUUAGAAUCCCAUGACGUGUAUGACAUCCCCCCUGAGCCUCGGCGGGUAUCAGAACCCCAGCGACCCAGGCUUCCUCCAAGGGAAUCCAAAGACACCAGGGAUGCUUAUGAUGUCCCUCGAGAAGCACUCUAUGACGUGCCACCUCAGGUCAGUCGGGACGUUCGCCAACCCGAUUCGGUGGACGCAGCACCAAAUCGCCUCUCUUCAGGAUCGGACUCCUCAGGCGGAGACGUUGACAUUGGCUAUUGGAAGGAGCUGCCCCUGGAGCUGGACUCUGCUGUUGACACACUAGCAAAGUUACAUCAGGAGGUUUAUGGAGCCAUAGAGAAGCUGAAAGCGGUGCAUCAGACAUGUAGAUGGCUGUCAAGAGACACAGUAGAGGACUCUGAAGAGGACAUGAAGGUUGCACCAGGGAGCUGGACCCAAGCUUUAAUCUGUGGCACAAACCCAGAAAAUCUGAAUCAGCUGGUCACAAUAGCACACUCUCUUGCUGACGAUGUUGAUCACCUGGCUUCAACCAUCCAGAACAAAGUAACCCUUAUUUUCAAAAGGUCUCACAGUCUGGAUGUGUCAGGAGGUAUCCGGCAGCAAGGGACGGAUGACGAGAAGACUCCUGUUCAGGAAAGACCUUUGCCUGACCUCCCUGAGAAGAAGUUUGAAAAUAUGUAUGAAAAUGACUCAAGAAACUGGCUGGAAGACUAUGAUUACGUAAAUUUAGAAACGCGGGAGAGUGUGGAACGUGAGCAUGAAGAAAUUAAAAAGGAAUUGCCAGCACAGUUGCGCAAAUCAUUCGACAAUUUAGUAAAACAGUCUCAGUUGAUCGUGGACAGCGAUCAUGAAAAAGUGUUGCAAAAGGACGAUGCCCCUUGCACAACGCCCAGCAAGCAAGGAAGCCAGAACUUGGACCCGAAUGACCGACAGGUGAUUGGAUUCUACAGCACGCAAGGGAACUGCACCUCCAACAUUUGA